GGGGCGGGAGGGGACCGGACCACAGGGGGGUCUGCCCGCGGCGCGGAGCAGCCGCGCGCCUUACUCCCGGCGGCGGCAAGCGCGACCCGCCCUCCGGGGGGGCCCGAGCCCUGCCCCGCGACGCCAACGCGGCGGCUCCUUACGCGGCCCAGGACCUGCCCUGCGCCCGCCGCCCAGGGGACCCUCGCGGGUUCCCCUUUCUUCCCCGCUUCGCAGGCGGUGAGGUGACCUGUCUUCCGCCGAGGAGGGGGAAGGAGAGGAUCGCGCGCGGCGCACCGAAGCCGAGAGCAGGCGCGCCGGAGCGGGCGCCGCGCGGGGCAUUGUGUGCGAGUGCGAGUGUGAGUGUGCGCGCGAGAGCAGCGUGGUGUGUUUGGGGAGGGCCUGUCUCUAGGGGGCGGAGCGCGGGGGACCAAGGCCCCAGAGCAGAGUCCCGCUGAGCCCGAGCGCUGCGAGGCGGCGUGGAGGGCGCACCGAAAGGAGACCGGGCGCCCUCGGCCGCUGGCGGCUCCUCCCCCGCGCUGUCGGCCUUGGCGGCGCAGCCGACUCUGGGGCACGUCCGCGGGCCUGCACGGCAGAAACUGGGAAGCGGGGAGCACAGCCCGCCCGCCCCGUCCGCUCCCGGUGCGCCGCGGGAGAGCCAGGUCCUCGCAGCGCGGCCGCCGGCGGGCGUCGGCUGUGACGGGAGCGCGCCCGCCGCCUGGCCCGGAGCCUGAGAGGCGCGCACCAUGAGCGGCGGCGAAGUGGUCUGCUCAGGAUGGCUCCGCAAGUCUCCCCCGGAGAAGAAGUUGAAACGUUAUGAUUCCACUGGGGGGCAGACAAAAGAAUGGAGAAGAAAGGAAACCCUUAUCAGUGUAUUGCAUUCGCCACAGCUUUAUGCCCUGUAUGCUGCUCCCUCUGGAUACCUCGAAGGUUUCAGAAAGUAUUUCAGUUGGGGCUUCACCUUAAUUUCCAUAAUUCUAACGUGAUAAGCAAGACUUGGGAAAAAAUAACAGCAUGGAAGAGGAGAUGGUUUGUGUUACGCAGUGGCCGUUUAACUGGAGAUCCAGAUGUCUUGGAAUAUUAUAAAAAUGAUCACGCCAAGAAGCCUAUCCGUAUUAUUGAUUUAAAUUUAUGUCAGCAAGUUGAUGCUGGAUUAACAUUUAACAAAAAAGAGUUUGAAAACAGCUACAUUUUUGAUAUCAACACUAUUGACCGAAUUUUCUACUUGGUAGCAGAAAGUGAGGAGGAGAUGAAUAAGUGGGUUCGUUGCAUUUGUGACAUCUGUGGGUUUAAUCCUACAGAAGAAGAUCCUGUGAAGCCACCUGGCAACUCCUUACAAGCACCAGCUGAUGUACCUUUAGCUAUAAAUACAGCGCCACCCUCCACCCAAGUAGAUUCAUCCUCCCCUGCUCCACCUCCUCCAUAUCAACUCAUCAACCUCGCACCACCCCUGGAGGAUCCUCAAGACUACCUUUUGCUAAUCAACUGUCAAAGCAAGAAGCCUGAACCCACCAGCCAAGGGUCAUCUUGUGUUUCUGAAGAAGGAGAGGAAUACCUACUGCUGGAAGAUUUUGAAAGCAAAACGAUUCCAUUGCAAACACAUGCGGAUUCUGCAAAAUCCCUUUCUUCUGAAACAGACUGCAAUGAUAACGUCCCUUCUCAUAAAAAUCCUGCUUCCUCCCAGAGCAAACAUGGAAUGAAUGGCUUUUUUCAACAGCAAAUGAUGUACGACUCUCCACCAUCUCGUGCUGCAUCUGCUUCAGGAGACUCCAACCUUUAUAACUUGCCCAGAAGUUAUUCCCACGACGUUUUACCAAAGGUGUCUCCAUUAAGUACUGAAGCAGACGGAGAACUCUAUGUUUUUAAUACCCCAUCUGGGACGAGUAUAGAGACUCACAUGAGGCAUGUGUCUAUUAGUUAUGACAUUCCUCCAACACCUGGUAGUACUUACCAGAGUCCGCGAACGCUUCCAGAAGGAACCUUGGGGCAGACGUCAAAGCUAGACACGAUUCCAGAUAUUCCUCCGCCUCGGCCACCGAAACCACAUCCGGCUCAUGACCGAUCUCCUGGGGAAACGUGCAGCCUCACACGCACGGCCUCAGACAUGGACAGUAGCUACUGCAUCCCCGUGGCAGGGGUGCCACCGUCGCGCAGUAACACCAUUUCCACGGUGGAUCUGAACAAAUUACGAAAAGAUGCUAGUUCUCAAGACUGCUAUGAUAUUCCACGAACAUUUCCAAGUGAUAGAUCUAGUUCACUUGAAGGCUUCCAUAACCACUUUAAAAUCAAAAAUGUAUUGACAGUGGCAAGUGUCUCAAGUGAAGAACUGGAUGAAAAUUAUGUCCCAAUGAAUCCCAACUCACCACCGCGACAACAUUCCAGCAGUUUUACGGAACCAAUACAGGAAGCAAAUUAUGUGCCAAUGACUCCAGGGACAUUUGAUUUUUCUUCAUUUGGAAUGCAAGUUCCUCCUCCUGCUCAUAUGGGCUUCAGAUCCAGCCCAAAGACCCCUCCCAGAAGGCCAGUUCCUGUUGCAGACUGUGAACCACCCCCAGUGGACAGAAACCUCAAGCCAGACAGAAAAGGUCAAAGUCCUAAAAUUUUAAGACCCAAACCCCAUGGUUUAGAGCGAACUGAUUCACAAACCAUAGGUGACUUUGCUACAAGAAGAAAGGCCAAGCCAGCACCUUUAGAAAUAAAACCUUUACCAGAAUGGGAAGAAUUACAAGCCCCAGUUAGAUCUCCUAUCACCAGGAGUUUUGCUCGAGACUCCUCUAGGUUCCCCAUGUCUCCCCGACCAGAUUCAGUGCAUAGCACAACUUCAAGCAGUGACUCACAUGACAGUGAAGAGAAUUAUGUUCCCAUGAACCCAAACUUCUCCAGUGAGGACUCGAAUCUUUUUGGCAGCAACAGUCUUGAUGGAGGAAGCAGUCCUAUGAUCAAGCCCAAAGGAGACAAGCAGGUGGAAUACCUAGAUCUAGAUUUAGAUUCUGGGAAAUCCACACCACCACGCAAACAAAAGAGCAGUGGGUCAGGCAGCAGUGUAGCAGAUGAGAGAGUGGAUUAUGUUGUGGUUGACCAACAGAAGACCCUGGCUCUAAAGAGCACUCGGGAAGCCUGGACAGAUGGGAGACAGUCCUCAGAAUCUGAAACGCCAACCAAGAGUGUGAAAUGAAAAUACUGCUUUGCUGUUCUGAACAAUAGAGAACUGAAUUGUAAAAAUAAAUCUUAUUUGACUGAAGAUGGCUUGACACUUCUACUCUAGGUAGAUCUUCAACUAAGUAGAAUUGAAGUCAAAGGACCUUUCAGGCAUAAUCAAGCAAUUUAGAGUGUAAAUGGUGCUGUGUGGUAUCUGAACAAUUCAUAACAUGUAAAUAAUGUGGGAAAAUAGUAUUGCUUUUAGCUCCCAGAGAAACAUUUGUUCCAUAGUUAACACACUUGUAGUAUUACUGUAUUUAUGCACUUUUUCAUUUAAAACAUAGGUUUGGGUAUUCCCAGAUGUUCCUUAACAUAAUUCCUUUGGGAGUUCUUGUUUUUCCUCACACUACUCUAUAUAACAGUACUAAGUUAACCAAGCUACUUUUAGAUUUGGGAAUUGCUCUUUAAACUACAGUCUAACAACAUUAAAAUGAGAAGUAGAGUCAGUAUUUGCCUUUCUAACUGAAAGUGAUAACCAUUAGCUUAAACGAAGAGUAUACUUGGACUCAUCAUUCAUUGCCUUACAGAAUGCUGAGGAUAAGCACCUAGUUCUCUGGUUCAUGCACAUUUAGUUUUCAGUGGUGGAACUUAAUUACACUUUGUUAAUUGUAGUGUUUUUGGUUCAUUGAGUGAAGAUUCUGCCAGGUGGAAUCUUACACCUUGGAAAGGCUGGAUAAAUUACACUGUAAGUAAGCCUACAGUCACUGUGACAUGUGUGAUGAUGUGUUCUCCCACUUAGCAACAAGUGUUAAACUUCACAUAUUUGCAGAAGUAGAUUAUAUAACUAAUCAGGUACGUCCCAGGCACUGAUGUGCUAUUGCACUGAUCAGGUUUAGACAACAAGCUUGAACUGUGUUCUUGUUAGUCCUAAUAGUGGUUUCUAGUUUGGAAUUGAUUAAACAGUUGACAUUCACUGUUAGUUAUAGCAGCAUACUGUGAUUUUUAAUUAGACAGUAAUUCAGAUUUACUACUCUAAGAAAUACUAUCUUUUGACACCAUAGUGCCCUUCCUAUGAUUUUAUAAAACUGAAUAUUCUUCUUGGCCUUAUAUUUAAGUCCCUAUGCAAUUUAAUAUUUUAUAUCUUCAUUUAAAAAGAAAAUAGGUGCUAUAUAAGUAAUUCUCUUAUGUUGCUUUUCCAGUAAAAGAAUUAAGGAUUUUAUACUGUGAUUUAUAUUCACUGCCCCAAUUUAAGAAAUACUUUAGCCUUGCUAUAAUGUGAGAUCUCACAGUCAAGGACCUCUUCCAGUCAGAUUUUUUUAGACCACCAGAGGAAUCAUAUAAUUCUGUCUCAACUAUAACGUGGUCCUGUGAAGUGGGUAUCAAGACUACAAAUUAUAUAUGGUGAGACUGCAAUGAUAUUUAUCUGUCAUGGCUUUGCAAUCUAAUUUAGAAAGCAAGUACAGUUGUUUGUUAACUAAGUUUCAUACAGUCUGUUUAUAUUGAUUUGAGACUUACUAACAGUUUUCAGAGGGGGCAUAAAGACAGGAGCACCCACAGCUGAGGCAUGACUCCCUCCUUUCAGACCUCUGUUGCCUGAGCACACAAAUAUGCCCUGAUUUUCUGGCCUCUUGGUCAUAUAGUACUGUGCCUAAUCAAUGUAAUGGUUGUAUUUCCCCAGUCCACAAACUAAAAAUGUUCAUAACAAGUUGAAUUGUACACUACUAACAUUUGAUGCAUUUAAAUGUUUGCUUCUUUUUUAAAAAAAAAGCUAAGACCCAGAAGUGAAUUUCGAGGUGGAUUUUUAAAUUUAAAAAAAUUGUUUGAGUUUGGUGUGCACAAACUCUUUUAUAAUGAAACCACAAAGUAAAAUCUAAAAUCAUUAAAAUGUGCCUAAACUAUCAAAACACAGUUGAUGUAUAAGGUACUAAACUGUGUUAUGUGGAGGAUGAACAUAUUGAGAUAUAGGACAUAAUAAGCCAUUAUUCAAAAAUAGAAAUAUUAUUUGAAGCUGCCUGUCACAGGAGUCUAAAGCAAUUAUUAAUUUUUUAUUAUAAUUUUCCUUAAUUUUCUGUAAGUUACUCCCCAUUUUCUGAAGACCUGCAGCACUCUUAAUUUGUAGAAAUUUUCCUAUUAUGCAGAACAAUUUAAGUCUUGAAAUGUGGAAGGCACUGUUUUAGAAAAUGAAAUCACAUUAGGCACUGUAUUAACAAAUUAAAAGAGUUUCUCAUAGAGCAGUAUUUUCUAAACAUUUUUAGCACUAGAAUCUUUUUUUAAAUAAAAUUUUAUGUAACUGCAAUAUAUAAAUCCUGAAAAGUCCAUUUUAUUGGUAUAAAUGUAUUUUGAGUUUACAUUUAUGUUUGCUUAUCUUAGCGCAUUACCAAGAAUAAAUUUCAGAAUAAUGCAAAUGCGAAACUGGGGUUACAGUUAGCAGAAAACCUCAGCAGCCAAUUUAUUACUACACCUUUUUUUAUCUGCACACUACCAAGAAAAUUUGAUUCACACAAACCUAAGUAACUACAGAUAAUAACAGGUUUCAAACACACAUUUCAGGAGAUUCUUUAAGUAGAGAUAGCUUAAGUUGUGUUCCUGAGCUUAUAUAAAAAUAAAUUAUCCUGAUAGUGGAACUUAAUAAAUAAUCAGUCUCCAUUACGGUAAAAUAGAGGAGUAUAUAACACAUUUGAAUGUGCAUUUUUAUUAAAUUUUAAAAUAUAGGCUUAAAAAUUUUUGAGCCAAGCCCUUUUAAUACUCCUGAUCACCUCCAAGAAGCUGUUUUGGCCAGGCAUGGGUUGAAAACCACUCGUUAAUGAUGUGACAGUCAUGUUAUAAAUCAGAGGUCUUUUUCUGCCAGAUGUUUGAUGUUAUCUACCUUUUACUGCAUAUUUUGAAACAAUUUUAUGAAGGUUUGGAUACUAAAGCACAGUUCUGCUUUCAAAAAUUCCUACUUGAAUGAUUUAAGCUAUUUAACCCUCAGAAGGUAUCACUUAGUAAGCUAGAAAAGAUGGUUUUUAACUACCCUCUAGUUGACCCAUUUUCAUCUUUAUUUUUAUCAAUACCAUAUAAGCUACUGUGUUUUAGAGAAUUCUGUAAAGGUACUAUGAGUGUGUAUGUGUAUAUAUAGCAUUGUAUUUAAUCAUAGACUAAAUUUAAUUUGAUAUAGAAAUACUGCUAUAUGUGUACAUUAAGGUCAUCAGUCAUAGUUUCUUCUGGACUCUUUAUAUUUAAUGAGGGGUCACGAUCUUCACAGUCAUAAAUGCAUUUAAACCAGAAAUUGAACACCAAUAUUUGUUUUUUUCUCCUACUGGGGGAAAGUUGUCUGCUUUCACCCUUUAGCAAAAACAAUAUUUUUCACAUUUUGUUAAAAUGUCUUCUAUGCCUGUACACUAUACCAUAGACAUUGAUGGUAAUUCUUAGAUGCAUCCAAACACUCCUAGUGCCUCUUUCUUUGGCCUGUUGAGAAUAUUGGGAUUACUGUUCUGCAUGAAUAGAAAGUCUUUAAAAGUCUAGAAACAAGGAGGGCUGAUGCUUGUAUUCCUAUCCUGUGGGUCAUUCUGGUAGGUCUUGCCUUCUGUUGUCAGAUAAGCAGUCAGAUCCAUGAGAGGGGUUGUACAUAUGACCAAGUGGCUCCACAGAAAGAGAUACAUAUAUCCUACAACAAAAAUUAUUGUCAGUAACAUCUGAUAUAUAUAAAUCUGUAUGUAAUUUAGAAUACAACUAUGAAAUGAAAAGCCAUGGUGCCAUGGUGUUAAUGAGUGUUGUCAACAUCAUGGACUUGAUAUGAUAAAAAAUCAAUUGUUGGAUUGUAGAGAUUAUUGGUUUUAAUCUGACUAAAUAUAUUUAUGUAUUACUACAACAUGAAAUACUUUCGUUCGUCGAAUCUUUCUUUAGGUUUAGUAUAAUGUCUAUUACAAGUUUCAACAAAAUAUUUAGUCAAGAGAUUAACAAAGCUUCUUCUUCCUUUACAUAAAAAGAUGGUUUUGUAUGAGUUCUUGUAACCUAAAUCAAUUGUUGAUAAUCAUCCCACAUUUCAUCAACAAAAUCUAAUGUAUAAGUUUAUUUCUCCCUUCUUGCACAUUUUCUUCUGUAAAGAUCUGACUGUAGAUACUUUUCUGCUACCAAAUAAAACUUUUCAAACAA